AUGAGCGGACACAUGUCGACGCACAGCGGGUACGGGUACGGCCAUGACCCGGUCUACAUCAUGAAGCGGCGGGACCGCGGCAAGUCGCGGUGCAGCAACGUCUCAGUGGGCAGCUCAGGUCAUGCCAUUCGGCGCGCCUCGCACUCGCGGACGAGCAAGGCGCCGGUCCUGCUGGACGACGCGGCGCCCCGACGCGGCUCGCGCGUGAAGCGGGAGCUGCAGGCGAUGGGCCACCUGGCCCUCAGGCGGCCCAUGAUCGUCAUCUGGUCGUUGCUCGCCACAGUGGUAACCGCCGGGCUCCUGACCACGCUCUUCAUUCUCGUACAGAGCUCCGAGACGGACCGUCGUAAGCAGGAGGCGGCGGGUCGCGGGCGCAUCCAGGCCACGUAUGUGUCGCAGCUUGUGCAAAACACGCUGUCGCCCGCGCAGGCGCUCGCGCUGGACAUCCGGUCGCGCCCUGAGCCGAACGGCGUCGUCGCUCGCUUCACCGCGUACGCGGAGGGCAUGCUGAAGCAGCUCGACGACCCGAUCUACUCGACGGUGGAGGUGGCGCCCGACACCAUCAUCGCCGAGGUGUACCCGUACGACGGGGAGUCGGAGAAGGCGAUCGGGCUGGACCUGUUCAACCACCCGAACGAGGGCGCGCGCGCGUCGGUCCGCAACACGAUCGUCACGGGCCAGCCGACCUUCCAGGGCCCGCUCAAGCUGCAGGGCGAGGAGGGCCCGCUCGGCGUGCUCGUGCGGUUCCCCGUGUACGUCCCCGUCGGGCCCGGGACGGUGUUCAACGCGCAGGGGCAGGCGUCGGCGUCGGGCAACCGGUUCUGGGACGUGAAGGACGACGGGGAGUACCUGUGGGGGUUUGCCAUCCUGGUGCUGUACUUCGAGAACUUCCUGGACUCGCUCGACUUCCAGCCGAUCGUGGACGCCGGGUACACGUACCGCCUGUACGACCCCGCGCAGGGCGAGGCCGGCGCGCGCUUCAAGGUGUCGGACCCCGCGCCGUCCGGGGACACGAUCACCAUCCCCGUGGACCUGCCGUCGUCUCAGUGGGCGAUCGAGAUCGGCGUGCGGGACUCGUGGGUGCCGGACUGGCUGGUCGCCGGGUGGGUGAUCAGCUCGACGCUCGGGCUCAUCGUCGGGUGCCUGGUGUUCGGCAUGCUGGUCUCGCACGCGCGGCACGUGGCGCUGCUCGAGGCCAUGUACCCGCGGCACGUGCUCGCGGGCCUGAAGCGCGGCGAGCUCGUCGCGGAGAGCCUCCCGCACGUCGCGACGAUCUUCGCCGACAUCGUGGGCUACACGGCCAUCACGGCGCGCAUGGCCCCGCGGGACGUGCUGACCAUGCUGAACGACCUGUACAGCCAGGUCGACAGUCUGUGCGAGGAGAUCGGCGCGUACAAGGUGGAGAUCAUCGGGGACAGCUACAUCGCCGUGGUCGGCGCGCAGCCCAACUCGGACCCCGUGCAGUCGGCGGAGCAGGCCGCGCGGCUCGCGCUGGCCAUCAUGCACGUGGUGCAGAGCAUGCCGAUGAACCGCGCGGGCGUGAAGCUGCAGCUGCGCGUCGGGCUGCACAUGGGCCCGCUUGUUGCCGGGAUCGUGGGCGCGUCCAAGCCCAAGUGGACGCUGCUGGGCGACGUGAUGAACACGGGGUCGCGCAUGGAGAGCACGUCGGAGCCGAUGAAGAUCCAGAUGUCGGACGCGUUCAAGCAGGUCCUGGACCGCUCGACGCAGCUGUUCGUGUCGGAGCCGCGCACGUCGGACGGCCGCGGGAUCUUCAUCAAGGGCAAGGGCAACAUGGUUACGCACUGGCUCCUGCGCGAGGUCGCCCCGUCGACCGUCGAGAACGAGAUGGCGGACGUGCCCUACAUGCGCAACACACCCGCCAGCGGCGAGGGCGCCAACCGGUCGCAGCCCUCGACCACGCCCGUUGUCCAUGAGAACGAGCCGCUGGGGCACCAGGAGCCGUGA